AUGGGAUCCGCUCAGCUGUUCCACAAUCUGGACUUUCUUCUCAUCUCACUACUCAGCAGUUUAUGUCUGGUUUAUGCAGAUGAUGUACUGACUAAAGAGGAACAGAUAGGCCUGUUGUUCAGAGCCAAACGGAAAUGUGAAGGAUAUAUCAAGUCAAAGCACAAGAUUCCUGAUGGUUUCUGCUCACCAGAAUGGGACGGUAUUGUUUGUUGGCCUGAAGGGCCUCCGGGAAAGCUUGUAUCCACCUCCUGUCCAGACUAUAUCUAUGACUUCAACCAUAAAGGACUAGCAUACCGUCGGUGUGACAACAACGGAACGUGGGAGCAGGCCACAACCAACAAGACAUGGGCCAAUUAUAGCGAAUGUGCAAAAUUCCUCUACCAUUACAACCAUAGCCAUGAAAAGGAGGUCUUUCACCGUCUAUAUCUCAUCUACACAGUGGGAUACUCCAUCUCUCUGGGAUCACUCAUGGUGGCUGUCGUCAUCUUGGGAUAUUUCCGACGAUUACACUGCACAAGGAACUACAUCCACAUGCAUCUAUUUGUGUCCUACAUGCUAAGAGCUAUAAGUAUUUUUGUGAAAGAUGUUGUGCUCUACUCUGGAUCAGCCUUAGAGAACAUGGAAAGAGUCACAGUGGAAGACCUCAAGUCCAUCACUGAGGCUCCGCCAGCCAACAAAACACAGUUUAUUGGCUGCAAGGUGGUUGUGACCUUGUUCAUGUACUUUCUGGCGACCAAUUACUACUGGAUCCUUGUGGAGGGUCUGUAUCUCCACAGCCUCAUCUUUAUGACCUUCUUCUCAGACAGAAAGUAUCUGUGGGGAUUUACUUUGAUUGGAUGGGGAGUACCAGCUAUGUUUGUGACAGUUUGGGCAACUGUGAGAGCCACAUUUGCAGACACAGAGUGUUGGGACUUAAGUGCAGGCAAUUUGAAAUGGAUCUAUCAAGUGCCUAUCCUGGCGGCUGUAGUGGUCAAUUUUAUGUUAUUUCUGAACAUCAUCAGAGUCUUGGCAACUAAACUACGAGAAACGAAUGCUGGAAGGUGUGACACACGACAACAGUACAGGAAACUGUUGAAGUCCACAUUGGUGCUGAUGCCACUCUUUGGUGUCCACUACAUCAUAUUUAAUGCCAUGCCAUACACAGAGGUGUCUGAAGUUCCCUGGCUGAUCCAGAUGCACUAUGAAAUGCUGUUCAACUCCUUCCAGGGAUUCUUAGUGGCAAUAAUAUACUGCUUUUGCAAUGGGGAGGUGCAAGCUGAGAUCAAAAAGUCUUGGAGCAGGAGGACUCUGGCCCUAGACUUCAAAAGAAAAGCUCGGAGCGGCAGUAACACCUACAGCUAUGGACCUAUGGUAUCACACACCAGUGUUACCAACGUCACUGCCAGAGGACCGCUGGCCCUCCACCUCACCACGAGGCUGGGGCCGGUGCCUGUGAACGGGCACCGGAACCUCCCCGGGUACGUGAAGAAUGGCUCUGUCUCAGAGAACUCUAUACCUUCAUCAGGACAGGAGCUUCACAUUCCUGACGAGGAGAAUUCAACUCACACGCGGCCCUGCGAGGACGAGAAACCCUCACCUGUGGUGGAGGAGGAGAGGGAGACGGUUAUGUGACCUCCAGGACUGCUGUGUAUAGAGAUGAAAACGGGAGGAAAAAUCAAAUCAUGAAACAGUCUCAGGGUGGUCUGGAGGGGAUGGCUGCAUACUUCAACACUGCCAGUUUUAUCUCCUGUGAAUCGAGCCAGAACAUUGCCGACUGAUGAGUUUCUAAGGCAAAAAGGGUGUAUCACUUUUGUGAGCUGGCCAGCCCUUUUUUAAGGAACGAUGACCCUCGUUGUUGUGGCAGCUCUACUCCCACCUGCCACAGUGAAUGUGUAAAAGCAUGAAAACAGACUGCCGUUUCGUAUUUCUUUUUCACUGCCAUAACUGUUAUCAUGUUUUCUGUUUGCUUUUGUGCAUUCAUCGAAUCGGGGUUAGUUAUAGUAGUUACCAGGAACAGCCUUAAUCACACGUGUGGGCAAUUUUAACAGAAAGUAUUCGGAUUAAGCCAGCGUUAAGUAGACAAUGCGUUGGCUCGGAUUAAAUAAUUAUUAAUGCUACUAUUUUGAGGCAUCUGAUCAUGCUUUCUGGCAUGGUAUCUCAUCUGUUCUGCAUUGACUUAAAUCCACUUCAGUGUAAAAGGGAAGGUACUCAGGUAAUUGAAGCCCUCUGUUGUUGCACACCUAAUUUUAUACUUUUUUAAGUGGUGUUUUAGCAUGGUGAGCAUUUCUCUGAGGGUAUUGCUUUGUUAUAUAAGGCUGUGUUAAAUAUUCUUUUUCAAAAUGUACAGUUUUUGUUGAUUAGAAAUGCCCAGUAUUCAUCUCUCUAAUUACAACAGAUUAUGAAGAGUUCAAAUGAUUGUUUCUCACACACUCUCACACACACACAUACACAUACAUACGCAACAUGAUGCCAAAGUAAGAAUAUUUCUGUGAAGACUCUGUCUCUCUCCUCGGGUUCAGUGUUAGUUGAGGCAAAGAAGAACUUUAUUGAAAUCUGACAAAAAAAAACGUAUCAUAUGUUCUCACACAGUUUUCAAAGGAAGAGACCCUUUAAAAACACAGGGUGCAGGAAAUGGUUAUAUUUUCCAGUGGAAUGUUAAUUAAACGAGGAAUCCAAGAAAAUCUCAAAUUCUGCUGGAAUUCCAAGGGUGACAUUUGUGGUGGUUAUGAAGUUCAACUCAAAAAUGUAUAACACAGUAAU